AUGGUUAUGGUGAGUUCGGCGGUUUUAGGCGCCGCCACGGGCACCGGCCUGGCUCUCUUGCUUGCGGUCACAAUUGUUAUGUACCGUUACUAUUUGUUGCGUAAACGCGGCAAGGAAUGGGACGAACUGGAUCGUUGGGAAGAGACGCGCAUUAUGCGAAAACUCCAAUUGAAGGAAGUUAACGUAGUCAAAGAGACUCAACCCAUACAGCCGCCAUCGACUUUUGGUAAUUCCGCGCAUAUAGUAAAUGCAGACGUGCUGCGUGGCCCUGCGGAGGUUCUCCACAGUCCAUUGCACUUGCAUCACCAGAGUCGUUCAUUUCCACCGCGUCUACAGCGCACGCCAUCUAUUUCCAGUCAGUCGAGUAUUGACAGCGCACCAUCUAGACAUUCAGGACACCGCGGCUCUUCACCGCAGAUUCGUACAUUCGGACCCGAUGGUCGAAGCUCACUACCCGCCGACCCCGGCUUUCCACAUCAUUUGGCUCGCUCACCAAGUCCAAUGCGCACCAUUUCACUGGAUGCCCGUUGCGGUAGCCCCGCAUCCACCGACGUCAGUGACUUGCGUACGCCCAGUCCAUCACAGAGCAGCCUAGCCUCAAUAGCCGGUGGUUCGGUGGUUACGAACAUAAGCAUGAACUCAGCAAAAGUCGGUCGCUGCCUUUCUCCACUACUUAUACCGCCACGAACACCUGCAGGAGUUGACCCCGCAAUUGGGCCAGCUUCACCGCUGGGUGCUUUGCAGCCAGAUCUAUAUCGUGUUCCAGAUGGUCCAAUAUAUUUGACAGCACCUGAGUCCAGUCCAGCUUUGGGCCGAUUGCAUUUACGUGUAAAAUAUGACUAUCAUCUUUUCGAUUUGACCGUGCACCUGAUUGAAGCUCACAACCUUUGCCCGAUUGAAGAGGGAGGUUUUCGCGAUCCAUACGUACGUUUGAUGCUUGAACCUGAGGUGGACAAUCGAAAACGCCAAACACACAUACAUCGUGGAGAAACAAACCCUUACUUUGAUCAACAUUUCAAAUUCCCUGUUUCACGCGAUCAACUACAAGGCAAAGAACUCAAACUCCAGGUUCUCGACUAUGAUCGCUAUUCCCACAAUGAUAUAAUCGGUGAAGUACGUAUCUCUGUUGAUGAAUUGGAUCUUUCAAAAUCUGUAGAGAUAUGGGGCGAUUUACUACGUGUCAAGAAACCACAAGAGAAUCGACCGGAGCUCUUAUGCUCACUAAACUACUUGCCUCAGGCCGAACGACUGACAGUGGUCAUCAUGAAAGCAAAGAACUUGGAUACAAUACAAGAGCCCUAUGUAAAGAUCUAUUUAAUUCAAAACGGUAAACGCGUAAAAAAGAAGAAGACCAGCAUUAGCAAAUCUGACGAUCCCGCCAAUCCCAUCUGGAACGAAGCAUUUACGUUUAAUCUGCAGUCUGCCUACCUGCAUAAUGCGGCGGUAGAGAUUUACGUUGUUGGUUCUGGCGGAGAAGCCAUGGAAAUCGGCAGCUGCGGGCUCGGACCACAAGAGAUUGGUACUGGGUGCCAGCACUGGCACGACAUGAUAAAUAACGCGCGCAAACCAACAGCUAUGUGGCACUUCAUUCGCUAA